ACUCUUAAGGUUUGGAUUCAGGUUUUAAGUAAGAGAAAGUUUAGGUUGUUUAAUUUGGUAUUAGGGGACCCUCUUAUCACAUGAAUUCCUCCACUCCUUCCACUUCAAGUUCACUACUUUUUCCUCACCCUUCUCUAUCACUUGCAAGCUUGCAACAUCACUUCCGGAUAAAAAAGUAAAUCCCAAUUUUAUCCUCCCACAAAAUGGCUUUAUUCUCCCUAACGUCGUCGUUUCACACCCCUCACCUCCCCAAACUCCGCCACUCACCUCCACCUCACCGCCUUCUCAGAGUACAAAUCAGGUGUUCCACUCCCACAUCGUCCGCCAUGCCAACCACCGCAUCAUCCACCGUUCAAUUCGAUCUGCGCACAUAUUGGACGGCUCUGAUUGAAGAGAUCAAUCAGAAGCUUGAUGAAUCAAUCCCAAUUUCUUACCCUGAAAGAAUAUACGAAGCUAUGCGAUACACAGCCCUCGAUAAAGUCGCCAAGAGGGCCCCACCUGUUAUGUGCAUCACUGCCUGUGAGCUUUUCGGCGGUCACCGCUCUGCUGCCUUUCCAACUGCUUGUGCCCUUGAAAUGGUUCAUGCUGCUUCACUAAUCCAUGAUGACCUACCAUGCAUGGACAAUGACCAAGUAAGACGAGGUCAUGCAGCUAACCACGUUGUCUAUGGGGAAGACAUGGCAAUUCUUGCAGGAGAUGCACUUUUUCCUCUUGGCUUCAGCCACAUUGUCUCACAUACCCCGCGUGAACUUGUCCCCGAGACACGAGUUCUACAGGUCAUUGCCGAGAUAGCCCGAACUGUGGGAUCCACAGGUAUGGUUGCAGGCCAAUUUUUGGAUCUUGAAGGUGGGCCAAAUGGUGUGGACUUCAUCCAAGCAAAAAAGUUUGGGGAGCUUGCUGAGUGUUCAGCUGUGUGUGGAGGCAUCUUGGCUGGUGCCAAUGAUGAUGAGAUCCAACGGCUCAGAAGAUAUGGUAAAGCUGUCGGUAUUCUGUAUCAAGUGGUGGAUGAUAUUUUAAAAGAGAGAGCAAAGACUGAAAAGAGUGAAGGGGGGACGAAACGUAGAGGGAAAAACUAUGUGAGUGUUUAUGGGUUGGACAAGGCUAAAGAAGUAGCUGAGGAUUUGCGUUCUCAAGCAAAGAAAGAGUUGGAUGGUUUUGAAAAUUAUGGAGACAAGGUUAUUCCACUUUACAGCUUUGUGGACUAUGCUGCAGACAGAGGGUUUAGUGUCGGUGGGUGAGAUAUACGAUUAGGUAUGUUUUGCUUCUGCUCAACCUUAAGUAGGCCUAUCAAUUCCGAAAAUGGCUUUACUUUUCCAUCUAUUUUGUAAAUUAGGAGGUAUGCAAUUGUAUAAUAUGUAAGUAGAGGUUGCAAAUGGAAGAAAUUUUACUACACGAGUGAAUGUUUGUAGUGAAGCUAGAUGAUACCUCUUGCAAGUAAAGUAAAUGGGGAUCUGUAAUUGGAUAUGGAGUUUUUAUUUAGCCCCUUCUCAAGCUGAGGAUUUUGUACUUUUUGCUAUGCUAAAGAACUUGAUCCCGCAGGAAUUGUCUGCGGGUAGCAUAUUUGGGCUGUUUUGAAGACCUUAUUGUUCUUUUGAUAA